AUGGAAGCCCUGCGACAAUACUACGCCUUCUCGCCCCUGCCGCCGACCGACCGCCCAAAGUCGCACAUCGGCCUCUCCUUCUCCGACUCCGGCCACUCGGACGCCUCAACAAAGGACUCCGAACCCUCCUUCCAGGUCGAGUACGAGUCCGAGUCGGACCCCCAGCUGCCGGCCACUUGGGGCAGGGCGUACCGCGCCUGGGUGGUCGCGCUUGCCGUUGGCGCCGUGCUCGCCUGCUCGGUCGGCAUGGCGGCGUCCGUUGGCGCCGAGAAGAAGGGCCACGGCGUGGCGCGCUCCGCCCCGACGGCACUCUUCCUCCUCGGCCUUGGCGUCGGCAUGGUUCCCGCCUCGCCGCUCUCGCACCAGCUGGGCCGGCUCCCGCUCUACGUCGUCCCCCUGGCCCUCGCUGCUGUCUUCGCGGCAGUGUGCGCCGUGUCCCCUUCUUCCCAGCCGCUGCUCCUCGCCAUGCGCUUCCUCGCCGGCCUGUGCUCCGCCAGCCCGGUCAUCACGGCCCCGCUCACCCUCGCCGACCUCGGCACGCCUAUAAGGCGCACCCUCACCAUCCCGCUCUUCACCACCGCCCUGGUCGCCGGCGCCGCACUCGGCCCGCUCGUCGGCGAUCUCGCCGCAAGCCACAAGGACACAUACGUCGCCCUCGCUGCCAUCACAGGCGCUGCAGCACUCGCCACCUCCUGCGCCAUGCCCGAGACCUGCGCACCCGCGCUCCUCCGCCUCAAGGCGCUCCGUAUCCGCCGCGCAACGGGGGACAAGCGCUGGGCCGCGCCAGUAGAGGGUGGCUCCCUCCUCGCUGCGCAGUGGGUCGGCUUUCUCCGCCCGCUCCGCAUGCUCGCCGAGCCCGUCGUGCUCGUCCUGAGCGCCGCUCUGGCAGUGGCGCUGACAACGCUGUUCAACCUCACCGAGGCCUACUCGCUCAUCUUCGCCGACAUGCCCCACCCCGGCCUCGCGUACCUCCCCCUCAUUGGCGGCGCACUCCUGCCACUCGCCACAAGCUACCCCCACUACUUGCGCUACCGCCGCCUCGCGAUGUGUAAAGACGACGAGGUGUGCCUCCCGCUCGACGAGGCGCGGAUCGAGCCCGAGGAGAGGUUGUAUGUCGCGAUGGCCACUGGCUUCCUCCUCCCCGCCGGCGUGUUCUGGCUCGCGUGGUCCGCCGACGCCUCCUCCAUCUGGGUACCCCUCAUGGCCGGCGUGUUCAUCGGCACCGGGCUCAGCGGACUCCUGCAGGCCGCAGUGCUGUACAUCAUGGACGCGUACGGCCACUUUGCAUCGUCGGCGCUCGCGGCGGUCUUCAUGGUUGGGUACACUACCGCCGGGCUGGCCCUCCUCGGUGUCCCUGCGCUCUAUGCGCGCGUUGGGAUCCCAUGGGCGACCAGCCUGUUCGCCUUCCUCACCCUAGCUAUCAUCCCCGUGCCGUUCGUGCUCCACAGGUACGGGCACGCGCUGCGCGCGCGCAGCCUGUACAACGCGGCACAGGGUGAGGGCUCUGUCAACCGCACGAUCGUGUCAUUCGAAAAGUAG